AUGGCGGGCGGCAAUGGUGGAAUGUUUGAGGGGGAAAUUGUAAUGCCUGACAUUAAAAAAAAUAAAUUUCGUGGAGAAGAAGGAUUGGCACAAUUGCUGUGGGAUCAAAUCCGGAUCGGUAGCACGGAUACGUUGCAUGAUAACCGCGUGCGUCGAAGGUAUGGCACGUGGGAGAUAUGCAACAUCAAGAAAAAGAACAAUUAUACCAGGAAAGGCUGUCUGUUAUGUAUGUUUAACAGCAAUAAAGCUACAGUACACAACGACAAUAACGUCAGCAUCAACAACAACAUCAGCAGCAUCAACAACAACAUCAACAACAACAACAACAUCAUCAACAACAACAUCAACAGCAUCAACAACAACAACAACAACAUCAACAACAGUCACAACCUUAACGACAUCAACGACAAAAUGGUCGGCGAACGUUGA